ACUACUCACAGCCAAAUAUUCAAAAAAAAGCUCUAGCAAAGAGAAGGAAGAGAAACCUCGGCCCCCCAAAAAAAAAAUUGAGACAAGGGGAGAGAGGAAGCAAGGAGAGCGGCCUCUCUUCCUCUUGCAUCUAUCGGUGCAACUGGAAGGAAUAUUCGUUGAAUAAAACGUUCUCGUCAUCUCCUUCCAAGCAAUAUUUAUCGCCUCUAGACAAUAUGAGGAAGCUCCGCACGAAUUCAUCCCCUGAAUUACUUUUUUCUGCCGAUGGACAACGUUCAAACGAUUCUACUUCCAAAGGUGCAAAGGCAAAUGCAAAGCUGCCACUGGAAUUGAUCCAUGAUCACAGCCAUGCAUCUAAAGAAGACGACGUCCAGAAACCGCAACGUAUUAGCACCGGGAUGAUGACCAUCCUCGACGACAUAAAAUCUCGGCUCGAGAAGUCUCAAUUCCCCAAAAAGAGAGAGCCCCAGCUCCGGCGGUGCAACACCGACCUCAGACGUGGCUUUCCACCCGAGGAGAGGAAGCAUCGGGAGCCGAUCACUGAGGAGAACUACAAGCUCCGAAGGGAGCUCAACUCCAGCAUGAUGGCCCGCAAGCACCUUGAAAGCAUGUUCACCAGCUUAGGCAAGGAGAAGGCCAUCAUGGCCGCCGAGCUCGCUCGGAAGGUGCAAGAGCUCAGCGACAUGGAGGAGCUCAUCGUCGACCUCAAGGCACAGAAUGAGACGUUAACAGAGAAAGUAAAGGCCUGUGCAGCCGAACACAAGAAUAAUGGCGUCGGCAUCGGCGGCGACUCGUCGGGGAGCAUGGCGCUGCAGGAGCGAAACAAGGUGCUCUCCGAGCAGCUUCUGAAGUCGUUCGACGGCUAUCGGUCGAUGAAGAGGAAACUGAAGGAAGCUCAAGAGGAGAAUGCUACAAUUGUGUCUAAGAUGGAGAUGGCGGCGUCGGAGGUGGCGGCGAGCAUUGAGAUGAUUCAUGGCUUGCAUGAAAGGAUCGGUAAACAUGGCGAGGCGAUGGCGGGGAUCGACGGGGAGCUCGCAGCGGUGGAGGGGAUGCUUGUUGGAUUACAAGGGAAGCUAAUUGUGGGAAGUCCAAAGAAGGGGGAGAGUGUGAAGCCGGUGGUUGAUAUGCCGGCAGAGAAGCCUUCAGGUUUAGGUGCAGAAGGUGAAUAGAGAAGCUAAGAAUGUAGAGAGAAGAAUUUUAUUCUCUUUUUUGUUUUUCUUUUUGAGCUUUUGUAAGUGUAAUGGUUCCCCAUUUUCUUGUUAUGAAACUAUAUAUAUUUACAUAAAUAAAAGCACAGUGCAACCUCUCUGUCUUCCCCCC